ACGUGUCACAUUAGCCUUUCCCAUUCUGAGUGGCCUUCUUCACAAAGUUCGAGUGCUCACUUCGAUUGCAGCAGCUCCAAUGGCCUUAGCAGCUCCAACUUCCGCCUCUCUCUCCUUUUCCUUCCUCGAUGUUCGUGCCUUUAGGUCAGCCACGGCCAAAGCCCCUGCUGCAACUCCUCGUCUUCCUCUUUGUAAAUGUUCAUCAACUAGAUCUUCCUUCGCCACCGGUUCUCCUCUCUUGAUACGCAGAACUUAUUGUCAAAAGCCUGCACCCAAAGCUAUGUCAUUUUCCACAAGAUGUGAACAAAGUACCAAGGAUGGCAAUAGUGUGGAUGUAUGGCUAGGCCGGCUUGCAAUGGUUGGCUUUGCAGUGGCUAUUAGUGUGGAGCUAGCAACAGGCAAGGGACUUCUGGAGAAUUUUGGGCUCACGUCUCCCCUACCUACAGUAGCCUUGGCAAUUACCGGAUUGGUGGGUGUUUUGACGGCAAUUUUCAUCUUCCAGUCUGCUUCGAAAGAUUUGCCAACAAUGAAAUUAAGAGUGGAGAAUGUAUUAGAUAUGGAAACUUUUUCAUCUUCCAUAUCUCCGUUGGGUUCGUAUUGUGACAUGGGUGCUGCCAUAUCUCGGCUAGCAAAGAGGCUUUUCCCGAAAUGUGAAAUGAGAAUUCUGAUGCUGGGUCUUGAUGCUUCUGGCAAGACAACCAUCCUUUACAAGCUCAAACUGGGUCAGAUUACUACCACCAUACCGACAAUCGGUUUUAAUGUGGAGACUGUAGAGUACAAAAAUAUUAGCUUCACUGUCUGGGAUAUAGGAGGACAAGAUAAGAUUCGACCUUUGUGGAAACAUUACUUUCAGAAUACUAGAGGAUUAGUCUUUGUUGUGGACAGCAAUGAUAGAGAGAGAAUCCCAGAAGCCCGCAAUGAGCUUCAUCGUAUUAUUGGCGAGUAUGAAUUACGCAAUGCCUUGCUUCUUGUCUUUGCCAAUAAGCAAGACCUUCCAAAUUCUCUGAGUGUUUCUGAGGUCGCCGAUAAACUUGGUCUACACUCACUCCAUCAGCAUCGUUGGUACAUCCAGAGCACUUCUGCCAUAUCUGGCCAAGGACUGUAUGAAGGCCUCGAGUGGCUAUCCAACAAUAUUUCAAACAAGCUGGCUGUGUGAUAUAGGCUCUUUCUCGAUGUCUACUGCAAUAAUAGGACUGGUUUAAGUCAUGGAAAAUCCUUCCAAGGCACUGUAAAGAGAACGAAUUUUAUCGAAAUCCUAACUAACAAACAGAGCGUCAAUGGAGGCUUGGCAAUGGUUUCUCUCCCGUGCAGGGUAGUUAAGAGUGUCGAUUUUAGAUAUGUCAAGCAGCACUUGGUUGUGAAAAACCUCUGUAAUAUCUACUAUUUCGAGGUAUUAAAAUAAGCCAUUAGCAUAAACUAAGUUUUAGGUGAAAGUAUAUCGAGGAUUCCCUCCCGUGUUUAUAAUACAGAAUUGGAAAACAGCAGUUUCUUGGGAAAACUACCAGUUACGUAUAAACAAAGCUGUUUGCCAGCUUGCUCUUG